AUGACCGACAGCCAGACAACAAGCACGACGGGCACCUCAGAAGGUGCAGCAUCCUCACACUCGGAACUGUUUGGGCUUCCAGGCCAGAAGAGAGCCUCGACCACCGCCGGCGCCGGAGCAGGAUCAGGCAUUAUCGGAACGAGUGGGCACGCCGGCGCGGCGAACAAGAGUGUCGACCUGGACACGGGAAGCGAGGUUCAGAACGCUGGAGGGGUUGCUGGCGUUGCCGAGGGAGGGAAGAGCAGCACCGUCACAGGAUCUGGCGGCGAGACUCUCACUCCCAGUCAAGGAAGUGGAGAUGUUCGACCGGCGGGGCAAGAGAAGGGCAUCAUCGACAAGUUGAAUCCAUUGAAAACAGGUGGGGCUGCAGUUGGCGUCCAGGGCUUGAAGGAGGGAGACCUCUGUCAAGAUAAAAAGAUCGAAUCCCCUUACUCAGUGCCGAUUCUGUCGCUGCGCGUUGCCUCGUUUAAACAAUACUCGACACGACUUCCACAUUGGUUGUUUGAUUACUUGCUGCGCACUCGCGGCGCCCAAUCAGUCACCUUGUCACCUCCGGUUUUUGAUCGAGGAGACUCGCCCAUCACGGCGUUGUCGAGAUUCAACCACUCCUUCGACAACGACGACACUGAACACGAGGACAAGAUAUACAUUGCACCACCGCCACAUUCACCCAGGUCCGCAGCGUCAUCCUCGAGUCCUCCCUCCCCACGACCGCCUCCCUUCUCCUCCCUCUAUUUUCCAUCCGACGCCGAGCUCGACCGCAUCAGAGCCACUGUCACCGAGACUCAUUGCGACUCGCUCUUAGCCUCUGCCCCGGCACCCUCCUUCGAGGAGGCUCUCGCCGAAGACGAACCCGGGUCUAAGGCUGAGCGCGAGACAAAAGCUGCCCUCCCACAAGACACAAAAGCUCAGUCUUCCUCCGGCAAGGCCGUUGACGACGGAGAGCCGCCGCCACCUUAUACCGAAGGUUCUAGUCCAUUAGAGUCGUUCUCAUACCUCAUGGCGGCAGCGGGUGGUGCUGCCAGCAUCAUCACACAGGUCCAGCAAACAGGCCCACCAAUCAACACUUUAGGAGCAGGCGAGGCUGCAGCUGAUGAACACAUCACAUUGGACUUGAGGGGAACGCAUUUCACCCUUUCCCGUGAUGAAUUGUUGACGCUGCCCGAGUUUGUGCUGCUAUCAUUAUUCCCCAAUGGCCUUCUCCCGGAUGGCCACAUGAACUCGUUUCACGAAGGCGAUGUCUACCCCGUUGACUAUGACCCAGCCUCCCUUCAGUAUAUGUUAAAUUUCUUCCGAGAUGUGGCUCAAUCAAUACCCUCCACGUCUCCCUCCCCAACAACACCACCAGAACAUGACCCCAUCUCGAUUGAACCCUUACAGGGUUCGACCAAGGAUAUGCUUCAGGACCGAGCGGGGAUCAUAGUCUUGAGAGAAGAUCUUGACUUUUAUGUCAUUCCUCCUCGUCCAGACAUUGAGCAGCCGGAAAUGACAGAGAUCAAACGGGCCGCUGGGAAAUCCCUACUCAAACAAGACGGAAUCUUCUCUGGUCUUAAGCGGAGUGAAGAAGCUGGCACGACAGAGCAACAUUUGAUUGAAAUGCUGACCGCAGGCGGUUUUAAUCACGAUGAUGCCUGGGGUCAUCGAGCUGGAGAACCAAACAAGGCCGUUAUUUGCAGCUUGGCUCUCGCGCGGCUACGGACUGAUAUCAAAGGGGAUUUGGCUGGGAGCAAUGUUGUGGGCAUGGCUCAAAAACUCCUCCUGUUUUGGCGCAAACCGGCUCGGAGAUGCUGGUGGGAGGGUGUUGAGCUGACUGAUGUGGACGGGGUUGAGGGCAAGUUGAAGGUAUGGAUUCGAAGAGUGUGGACCCUCGAAAUGAGCGUGAUCGGCCUUCGAUGA